GCCCGCUCCUCCAGGGCGGGCUAUGUGGAUUGCCCCGCCAGGGCCGGCCCGCGGGAUCAGCCCGGCCCGGCCCGCGGCCCCGGCGGCCAGCGGGGACUAUGAACCGGAAAGCGCGGCGCUGCCUGGGCCACCUCUUUCUCAGCCUGGGCAUGGUCUACCUCCGGAUCGGCGGCUUCUCCUCGGUGGUAGCUCUGGGUGCAAGCAUCAUCUGUAACAAGAUCCCAGGCCUGGCUCCCAGACAGCGGGCGAUCUGCCAGAGCCGGCCCGACGCCAUCAUCGUCAUAGGAGAAGGCUCGCAAAUGGGCCUGGACGAGUGUCAGUUUCAAUUCCGCAAUGGCCGCUGGAACUGCUCAGCGCUGGGGGAGCGCACUGUCUUCGGCAAGGAGCUCAAAGUGGGGAGCCGGGAGGCCGCCUUCACCUACGCCAUCAUUGCCGCGGGUGUGGCCCACGCCAUCACGGCGGCCUGCACCCAGGGCAACCUGAGCGACUGCGGCUGCGACAAGGAGAAGCAGGGCCAGUACCACCGGGACGAGGGCUGGAAGUGGGGCGGCUGCUCUGCCGACAUCCGCUACGGCAUCGGCUUCGCCAAGGUCUUUGUGGAUGCCCGGGAGAUCAAGCAGAAUGCCCGGACUCUCAUGAACUUACACAACAACGAGGCAGGCCGAAAGAUCCUGGAGGAGAACAUGAAGCUGGAGUGUAAAUGCCACGGCGUGUCGGGCUCCUGCACCACCAAGACCUGCUGGACCACGCUGCCACAGUUCCGCGAGCUGGGCUACGUGCUCAAGGACAAGUACAACGAGGCGGUCCACGUGGAGCCCGUGCGCGCCAGCCGCAACAAGCGGCCCACCUUCCUCAAGAUCAAGAAGCCGCUGUCCUACCGCAAGCCCAUGGACACCGACCUGGUGUACAUCGAGAAGUCGCCCAACUACUGCGAGGAGGAUCCGGUGACGGGCAGCGUGGGCACGCAGGGCCGCGCCUGCAACAAGACGGCGCCCCAGGCCAGCGGCUGCGACCUCAUGUGCUGCGGCCGCGGCUACAACACGCACCAGUACGCUCGCGUGUGGCAGUGCAACUGCAAAUUCCACUGGUGCUGCUACGUGAAGUGCAACACGUGCAGUGAGCGCACCGAGGUCUACACGUGCAAGUGAGCGGGCGCCUGGCCUCCGCGCCGCUGCUAA